CAUUUAUAAAUUUAAGCAACAAACACCAACAACUCGCUGCACUACAAGGUUAAAAUGGCCAAAAAUUUAAAAAUAAUUGUAACAAUUUUCUUGCAAAUUUUCGUAGCAAAAACUUUCAGUGCAUCCACUAGCGAAUUUGUUGCUGUUUCCACAACGAAACCUGAAGUUCCCACCCUUUCUGACUUCCUCGCCAAAAUAGAGACAAGAAUCGAAUACACACAAACCCUCAAAGAAAACACCCAGCGGCUGCAAGCACUCGAACGUCAAAACACCCAACUACAAACCACCCUCGACUCAGUAAAUUUGCACCUGAAUUCGAUUCAAACCUUGCUGGAAAAAUUAGCCAAUGCGAAAACUCCCACCCAGACGAAAUCUUUCCCAACUAGUUGCAAAGACAUAAAAGACAGCGGCAACAAAGUCUCUGGAAUGUACCUAAUCCAACCUAAAUACUCCUCGGAAUCGUUCAUGGUCUUGUGCGACAUGGACACCAGCGGGGGUGGAUGGGCCUAUUUUUUGAGCAGGUUUGACGGUUCCCAGAACUUUUACUUAAACUGGACUGACUACAAAAAUGGUUUUGGGAGUUUGUCGGGGGAGUUUUGGCUAGGUUUGGAGGCUUUGCAUCAGUUGACAGGUUUUGACGCCAACGAGUUGCUGGUAGAACUGGAGGAUUUUGAGGGAGGAAAGGUCCAUGCUGCGUACAACGCCUUCGCGGUUGGUAGUGAAGACGAAGGCUAUCCAAUGAAGGUCCUGGGUUCUUAUAGUGGUACCGCUGGGGAUUCGUUGCGGUACCAAGCUGGGAUGAAAUUCACCACUCUGGAUAGGGAUCAAGAUUUGCGGCCGGGGAAUAAUUGUGCAGCCCAAGAGAAGGGAAGUUGGUGGUACAAUUCGUGUACCAUGUGUAACCCAACAGCUAGGUACUUGAGAGGAAAUGUGACGGAAGCGGAUAGGUGGCAGAUUGUGUACUGGGACGGUUUUAGAGGGAGUGCUUACAGUUUGAAGAAGGUCGGGAUGAUGGUUAGACCCAGAGGGCGUUACAGUUCCAACGUAUUGCCAGUGAAGAAAUGAAUUUGUAUAUUCUUACAACAAUUAUUGACAAAAUAGCAAUUACUAUCAAAUAUAUAAUAAUAAUUUUUUUUUCCGACCAAGUUUAUCACACUGUCGAAACGAACUAUGACUUCUCUUAUCGUUCAAAAACAGUUUGCAUAAAACGCACGCAUUUAAAAACAACCUCAUUAUGCAUAAGUGUCGCCACUAUGAAUUCCAAAGUAAAUUUCUGCAUGAUCAUCAUUUCGUCAACACUUUGUAUAACCUCAGUACGAAGUGACGACUUGACGUUUUCAGUCGUCUCAACCAGCAAACCUCCGUUUCCUCCAUACCUCCAAAAUGACGAAAUUAUAUUCGAAGACCAGUUCGAAAUUCGAAAAUCCCUCACCGAAACGAAACACCGUCUAGAAAGAUUCGAGUUGAAAAUGACCCAAAUCCAAAGAUACCUAGAGAAGGUUUUGAAGCUCCAUAAUGUCAAAAUAGACGAAAACCUCACCUCCGAACCAACCGAAUAAAUGGUCUCUAUCGCAUUCAACCUGACCCCUCCACCGACUCUUUUCUGGUACUAUGUGACAUGAAAACAAGAGGCGGAGGAUGGACGUACUUGAUGAACAGGUACGACGGUUCAGCCUUGGAACGACUACAAAGACGGUUUUGGUAACCUGAAUGGAGAGUUUUGGUUGGGGUUAGACAAGAUGCACGCUCUAACAGAAAGUACCCAAGUCAGCGAACUUUUAAUCGAAUUGAUCGACUGGGAAAACGGGAAGGUGUAUGCAUAUUAUGGCACUUUUAGAGUCGGGAGUGAAGAUAAAGGUUAUGGGUUGAAAAUUGGUGAUUAUAGUGGCAAUGCUGGAGAUUGUCUGGCGGCACAUGACGGACGGAAGUUUAGUACGAAGGAUAAAGAUCAGGAUGCCCAUGAUACCGUACAUUGUGCUAACCAUUACAAUGGGGGGUGGUGGUAUGCGGCUUGCUUCAGGAGUAAACUCACCGGCAAAUACAUCAGAGGUAACACCAGCACUAAUCAAGGUAUACAUUGGGACCUGUUUCACCCAAACACGUACAGUCUGAAGCAAGUGAGGAUGAUGUUGAGGCCAGGAGAACUGUGGACCUAGAAUUAUGGCUCCUGUGAAAUUCUUAUUAUUUGCUCUAGGUUUGCAAGGUUGAUUCUGUUAUCGUCUUACCCCAAUUUUGAUCACCAGUUGUCAAUAAAUUGUCAUUUAUUUGUAACAACCAAUAAAACAACAUCUAAAAUUG